AAGCCCAUUCUCUCUGCAUAUUAUUUCCGAGUCGGGUUUGCAGUGAAUUCGAAGUCACCGUCUCUUUCUGGGUUUCACAUUUCCUGUAAAACGAGAGAGCUAGAGAGUGAAACUGUGUCUGUGUAGAAUUUGAUUUUUCAAGUGGAUUUGAUUUUCUCAAAUGUCAGAUCAUUUUUAAUUCAGAAUUUGAUGUAAUAAUGAACGAUUAUGAAGGGAAAAACGGGAAGAGAGGGAGGGCGUGCGUGGUGGUAUUGGGAGACCUCGGUCGAAGCCCUCGGAUGCAGUAUCAUGCUCUUUCACUUGCCCGUCAGGCAUCUCUAGAAGUGGACAUCAUUGCAUAUGGAGGUUCUGAGCCCCACAUUGCAGUUCUAAGUCACCCAUCCAUACAUAUUCACACAAUGACACAAUGGCCAAAAAUCUUUCAAGGAUUACCCAGGAUAUUUCGCCCCAUAAUGCUUCUGCUCAAGCCAAUAAUUCAGUUUUUCAUGCUUCUCUGGUUUCUUUGUCUAAAGAUACCUUCUCCUGAUGUUUUUAUUGUGCAGAAUCCUCCUUCUGUUCCAACCUUAGUGGCUGUAAGAUGGGCAAGUUCGCUUAGGAAUUCUGCGUUUAUAAUUGAUUGGCAUAAUUUUGGAUAUACACUACUCGGUUUAUCCCUUGGGAGAAAUAGUCGCUUCGUCUCUGUAUAUCGCUGGAUUGAGAAUCAUUAUGGGAAGAUGGCAGAUGGUUCCCUAUGUGUAACAAAGGCAAUGCAACAUGAACUGGCUCAAAACUGGGGGAUUAAUGCAACAGUGUUAUAUGAUCAGCCACCUGAGUUUUUCCAUCCCGCUUCACUUGAGGAAAAGCACAAGUUGUUUUGUAGACUAGAUAAAGAUCUCCGUCAGCCUCUUGGAUCUGGGGAUUGUGUUAGUGGUGGAAGUUUAGGAAUGGGGAACUAUGAGCUAAAUGAGACUCUAUUUACUACCCAAGUUGGCACUGACAUUUUCUUGAAGCCAAAUAGAGCAGCACUUGUUGUAAGCAGCACCAGCUGGACCCCAGAUGAGGAUUUUAGCAUUCUCUUGGAGGCAGCAGUAAUGUAUGAUAGGCGUGUUGCUGCAGUAUUAAAUGAAGAUGAUUCAACCAAUGAAGAGUUUCUAUGGAAGGAAAUCUCUGAUGGAAAGCAAUAUGUGUACCCGAGGUUGUUGUUCAUCAUUACAGGUAAAGGACCUGAGAAAGAAAAAUAUGAAGAGAAAAUAAGGAGGUUACACCUCAAACGUGUGGCAUUUCGUACUAUGUGGCUGUCAGCUGAGGAUUACCCAUUGCUCUUGGGAUCAGCAGACUUGGGCGUAUGUCUGCACACUUCCUCUUCAGGGUUAGACCUUCCAAUGAAGGUUGUGGAUAUGUUCGGUUGUGGACUGCCUGCUUGUGCUGUUUCCUACUCUUGCAUUGAAGAACUUGUAAAAGUUAAAAAAAAUGGUCUCCUCUUUUCUACUUCUUCAGAGCUAGCUGAUGAACUCAUGAUGCUAUUCAAGGGUUUUCCAGAUGGUUGUGAUGCUUUAAAGUCACUGAGAAAUGGUACCUUGGAAAUGGGUUCAUCUGCAAGAUGGGCUACUGAAUGGGAAGAGCAUGCCAAGCCAUUAGUAUCCAAGGUUCUCUCUCGGAACUUGAAUUGAUUUCUAGUAUCCAGAUAAAAUGGAUAAGGUUGUAAAAUUAGCAAUGUUAGCUAGGUUUAUCGUCUCAUCUGUUGGAUUAUAUUAUAAGGCAGACUACACAUCACAUUGAUAUUAUCUCAGGGAAACUAGUACGUGAGUUGGAAUUUUUGUCUCAUUUUUUUUAUUUUUUCUUUAUAAGUUAAUGUAUACACCAUUUGCAAUGAAAAUUGAAAAGUAAAUUUGAUUAAUAA